UGACGUCAUCGCCGCGUGCGGCAGCAAUGGCGGCGGCGGGAGUGGCGCCGGUCCGGGAGCGGUUUGUCACCUCCAAAGAGCAGUUCCAUGCCUACCUGAGGGCCAACGGAGAGCUUGGUGGCCAAGAAGGUGACAGUGAGGAGGAGAAGGAGGCCAGCAGCGAGCAGAGCGAGCCCCCUGCCAAGCGGGGGAGGUUGGAUGUGCAGGGCCAGGAUGGAGAAAGCCCAGGGGAGCCCAAGGACGGGGAGAAGGAGUCCAGGGAUGGGGAGAAGGAGCCCGAAGACGGAGAGAAGGAGCCUGUGGAGCGCAAACGAGCCCGAGGGCAGAACAAGAGCAGACCCUGCAUGAAGCCCAACCACUAUGAGAAGAGCCGGUUAUGUCCAUCAGUCACGCAGGGCUGUGCAGACAAAUGCUACUUUGGCCCACGGUGCCGCUUCCUUCACGAUGUCGGCGAGUACAUGGCAGCAAAACCAGCCGACCUGGGGCCCAGCUGCGUGCUGUUUGAAACCUUUGGCAAGUGUCCUUACGGCAUCACUUGUCGCUUUGCCAAGGCCCACCUUGGGGAUGGAUACCAGAACGUGGUCAACACGGAGCUGGCCAAGCAAUGGGAGGGGAAAUGGCUGGUGAGGAACAACCUCUCCAAGGACCUCCAGCACCAGCUGCGCAAGAAGAAAUUUACCUUUAAGAAAGCUGAUGAGUAUCUCUGCAGCCUGGCCAAGCCCCACCACGAUGAUAGGAAAGGAGGCAAAGCCCCGGGGUGCUCUGCAGAGGGUGAGGAGGUGUCCAACUGCACGACGCCUGAGGAUGGCCUGGGAGACCCCUCACAAUGUCCUGUGCUACCUGAGGGAGGAGAUUCCAAACCAGCUCCCGUGCAGAGUCCUCAGCCCAUAGAAAGCAGGGGGGGGUGCCCCACCAAAACAGCAGGUCCAGUGACAGAUGAAGACAUUGUAAAGCUGAGGUCAUGUGAGAAGAAGAAGUUGGAAAUCCAAGGCAAGCUCUACUUGGCCCCACUGACCACAUGUGGUAACCUCCCUUUCAGAAGGAUCUGCAAACGCUUUGGGGCAGAUGUCACCUGUGGAGAGAUGGCUGUGUGCACAAACCUGCUUCAGGGCCAGUCCUCCGAGUGGGCUCUCCUCAAACGACACCACACCGAGGAUAUUUUUGGGGUGCAGCUGGAGGGAGCAUUUCCAGACACGAUGACCAAAUGUGCAGAGCUCCUGAACCAAACGAUUGAUGUGGACUUUGUAGACAUCAAUGUUGGCUGUCCUAUCGACCUGGUCUACAAGAAGGGUGGAGGCUGUGCUCUGAUGACUCGAUCUAACAAAUUUGAGCAGAUUGUCCGAGGGAUGAACUCGGUGAGUCCAACCACGGGGCUGCCAGCAGGAGUGCAGCAGGUGGAGCUGAACUGCUUCUCCAGCCUCACUCUGCCCUCCCUGCAGGUGCUGGACGUCCCACUGACUGUGAAGAUACGGACAGGGGUGCAAGAAAAGAUGAACAUGGCCCAUAAAAUAAUCCCCAAGAUCCGGGAGUGGGGAGCAUCCAUGGUCACGCUGCACGGCCGGUCCAGGGAGCAGAGGUACACAAGAGUUGCUGACUGGGACUACAUAGCAGAAUGUGCUAAAAUAGCAAGCCCCAUGCCUCUUUUUGGAAACGGUGAUAUUUUGUCUUACGAAGAUGCUGAUCAAGCCAUGCAGACCGGGGUCUCAGGAAUUAUGAUUGCAAGGAGCAGAGACACUGGGACAUUUCCUCCAGUGAGAGAUUUGAUAUCCUCAAAGACUUCACCAACUACGGCCUGGAGCACUGGGGGUCAGAUACUCAGGGUGUGGAGAAGACCAGGAAGUUUCUGCUGGAAUGGCUCUCGUUCCUGUGCAGUGUUUGUGCUUUGCUGCAGGUAUAUUCCAGUCGGGUUAUUGGAGCGCCUGCCUCAGAAGAUCAACGAGCGGCCGCCUUACUACAUAGGGAGAGACUAUCUGGAGACACUGAUGGCAAGCCAAAACGUGGAUGAUUGGAUUAAAAUCAGCGAGCUGCUCCUGGGACCUGUACCCACCAACUUCACCUUCCUGCCCAAGCACAAGGCCAAUUCCUACAGAUAGGAGCAGUGCAGCCCUUUCCUGCAGCAUCGAGUGCAGGGGAGGCAGCAGGAUGGCGCGCGUUGCUCAGCUGCACGCAGAAGCAAAAUAAACUUUUAUGUUUUUAGAA